AUGGACUUCUCACAUGCGUUUGUGGCCACAGUUCCAAACACUCUCACAUUUGCCAACAAGAAAACCAUUUUUGAUACCAGUCCAUUACGUAAACAAAGUGAAGGAAUUAUUGAGACGCUGCGUGAAGCUGGCCUCGUAGUGAAUGAGCACUGCUUGGACGAUGGUGCUCCUGUUUCUGCAUUGUUAAUUGGCGAUGCAGCAGUGUCAAUUUGUGGAACCACUUUUUUAUGUAGACCAAGAAACCCAGGAAUUUCGCAUAUUGAGUUACGUUGUAUACUAUCAGCGUACUGUUGUUCUAUAGAAGAAUGUCCUGAUGUUGUGGAUGGGAAAACCGUCGUCUUAGACGGAGGAGAUGUCUUCUUUACUGGAAGGGAAAUUUUUGUCGGUGUUCGUAAGCACGGUACAAAUUUCGAAGGCGCUAAGGCAGUGGCGCGAGUGUUCUGCGACCAUGUCGUGAUUCCUAUCCACAUGUCGGAUAAAGCCCAAUGUCUCAAAUAUUAUGUUGCUGUCGUUGCUCCGGAUAUAUUAGCCAUUGGAACCAGUAGGGAAGGUCAACACAUCCUCAAGGUUAUCGAAAUGGAAGCUACCCUUCGAUACAAGAUAAUUCCUGUUGAAGAUGAUCAAGGAGUCAACUGUAUCCUGGUGAAUGAACGACUAAUAUUUCUGCGGAGCAAGACAGCUGCUAAAUUCAUUGCUCUCCAAUCAAAUUUGCUAGAGUUAUGGACACUGGAUGUUGCUGAUCUUCUUAGGGUACUUUGGCUUUAUCAUCUACCUCACAUUAUUUCGAAUGUUUUAGGUGAUCUGGUAAAGCAUUCACAAACGUUACUGGUACAAUUGCAGUUCGGCUUACCGCUAGCGCGGCAUUGUCUACUGACCAAAGCGAUGAAUACGACCAAGAUCUUCAACACGCAACAGUAA